AUGUCUACGACUGAAUUCGACGGCAUCUAUCUCAAUCAGAGCAAGGCACACGGCCGUCUGCGGAUGGUUGAGACGGGCCUGGGCUGGAAGGCAGUGCAGAAGACGUCAAUGGGCGGAUCGAAGGAGACCAAGAAGGACGAGCCGUUUCUACUUGGAAAGGAGGAGCUGCUGGCGGCGUUUUGGAGUCGGGGCUCUCGGGGAUUCGAGAUGAAGAUCCAGACGAAAAACCGCGGGGCCGCCAACUUUGACGGGUUUGAACAGGACAACCUGGAGGAGCUGAAGAACGUGAUGAAGCGCAACUAUGGCAUUUCAGUGGAGCAGCGCGAGCACAGCGUCAAGGGUUGGAACUGGGGCAAGACGGACUUUGAGCGAUCCGAGCUGGUCUUUUCCGUCGCCAACAAGCCCGCAUUCGAGAUCCCCUACGCCGAAGUGGCCAACUCCAACCUGGUGGGCAAAAAUGAGGUUGCUCUGGAGUUCCAGCAGCCCGCCGAUGGACGGGCAGGCGACGAGCUCGUCGAAAUGCGAUUCUACGUGCCCGGAGUAACUUCUGUGGAAGGUGAUGAGAACCCCAAGAAGAAGCAGAAGACGGAGAAGGAGGGAGAAGAAGGCAAGGAAGGAGACGACGACGCCGACGCCGACGACGAAUCAGAAGAGGAGGUCCAGUCCACCGCCCAGAUCUUCUACGACACCCUCAAGGAAAAGGCCGACAUUGGAGCCGUGGCAGGUACGGCUGUGGUGUCUUUGUCGGAGAUCUACCUGGUCAUCCCCCGAGGACGAUACGAUAUCGACAUGUACGCCAACUUCAUGCGACUUCGAGGAAAAACAUACGAUUACAUGGUGCAGUACAAGCACGUGCAGCGGCUCAUUGUGCUGCCCAAGCCCGACGAUCUGCACAACAUUCUCGUGGUGCAGCUGGAUCCUCCUCUCAGACAGGGCCAGACUCGGUACCCGUUUCUGGUGAUGCAAUUCCUGCGUGAGGCCGAAAUCAAAGUCGAGCUCAAUGUCGACGACGCCGAGUUUGCCGAAAAGUACGCCGACAAGGGUCUCAAGCAGUCGUACGACGAGUCUGCUCACCAGGUGGUUGGAUCUAUUUUCCGCGGUCUCACUGGCCGAAAACUGACCGUGCCAGGCUCGUUCAAGACCGUGCAUGGCCAUGCUGGUGUCUCCUGUUCGCUCAAGGCGUCUGAGGGCCAUCUAUACCCCCUGGAACGAAAUUUCCUGUUUCUUUCCAAGCCCGUUUUCAUUCCCUUUGCCGAGAUUCAAGAUAUCACUCUGUCUCGAGUGGGUUCUUCGGUAACCACCUCUCGAACGUUUGACAUGACUCUCAAGCUGCGAAACGCCCAGGGUGAGUACCAGUUCUCCAACAUCUCCAAGGAAGAGCAGGAGGGUCUCGAGGCGUUCAUCAAGUCCAAGGGCAUUCGUCUUAAGAAUGAUCUUGCUGAGGAGAAGGCGCUGCUGGCUGCCACUCUGGCUGAGGUGGACGAUGACUCUGAUGAUGGAGGAGAGUUUCGAGGCUCGGCUGAUGAGGAUGACGAGAGUCCUGAUGAGGACUUUCAUGCCGAGAGUGAUAGUGAGGUGGCGGAGGAGUUUGACUCGAAUGCCGAGAGCAGUUCGGGAGAGGAGGAUGACGAGUGA